AUGGCAACUCCUCAAACAGUAAAAACGCGUAUCCUGAUAAUCAGCGACACACACUCCACACCCCUCGCACCUGCCUCAUCUUCCCAACCUUUCCGCCACCCUCUUCCCUCGGCAGAUGUCCUCAUCCAUUGUGGUGAUCUCACCAUGGAAGGCCUAACCUCCGAGUACCACAAAACUCUGGAUAUGCUUGCUGCCAUCGAUGCCCCAGUGAAAUUGAUCAUUGCGGGGAAUCAUGACAGAACGUUGGACAAGACUUGGAUGAAGAACCAUGAGAGAUCACUCCACGGAAAGAAAUGGGAGCAAGCAUAUGAGGAGGCUCGGGAGAUGUGGUUUGGAAAGGAGGGAAGGGCGAGGACAGAGGGAGUGACGAUGUUGGAGGAGGGAAUCCAGGAGGUUGAGCUUUACACGUCUUCCUAUCAACCCGAAUUCUACGACUGGGCGUUUCCUUACGAAAAAUACGAGGACCGCUACAACCCUGCAUCCCAAACCCUUUCUGACGCCAAAAACAUCGCCGUCAACUCAAUCCCCUCCUUCUCCAACCAAGAAUUGGAUAUCAUCUGUACGCAUGGUCCACCUUACAAGCGCGGAGACAUCACCGCACAUGGCAAUGUAGGAUGUCCGCAUCUGCUCAAAGCGGUGGCUAGAGCAAAGCCAUUGGUACACUGUUUCGGGCAUAUCCAUGAGGGAUGGGGUGCAGAGACCGUGACUUGGAAUGAUGCCUCAGAAGCCGAAGGAAAGCAAACGAUGGAGCAGUUCAAGGCACAAGGCUGGAAGAGGCACAUCAAAGAGGUUGAGAGAGUUGAAGUUGCAGAGAAGGAUGUAAAGAAGCAAAGAGCCGUGUUUGUGGAUGGAAACACGAUCAGAAGGGGCGAGCAGACACUUUUGGUUAAUGCGGCGAUUAUGGAUGUUGGGUAUAGUCCUGUCAAUGCGCCAUUUGUGGUGGACUUGGACCUGCCGACGAAGAGAUAA